AUGUGGAAUGCAGAAUCCAGCCGCUGGCAGAGUGGUGACAAGUGGAACAAGCCCACUUACAACCAGUGGGGUCGUGAGGGUCGCGAGUCAGGCAAUUGGUGGCCGCAAGAAAGCACAGGAGCCAGCAGCUAUGGGUCUGAGAGUGUGCCGGCUCCAAAGCCCAGUUUCCCUGCAUCCUUUCGAAGCGACGCAACCUUCAUUGAUUCGACUGCAGUAGGUUCCGGCAAUCACCAGUUUUAUCGACUUGUGCAGCCUACGGAUUGGUCAAGAAAGGCGAACCUUGCCGGUCGCCCAGUUGAGGAUAUCAGAGUGCACGAGAUGUGUUUCAGAGGACUGAAUGAGUUUUCUCUUCGAAUGCUUUCUGAAGGGCGUUUUCAGUCCCUUGUGUGGACACGCAGUGCUGCUGAGAGUGUGCUCACUACACAGUUGCUUAAAGCCAUUCGUGAUGCCAAGAUUGACAUUGACAGCGUUGCAGUAGAGUGCUUGAAGCAGAGCGGUGUCGCCAUUCCUGACAAGCACAAGCAAUCCUCACAGUUCAUGGCUGCUCUUGUGGACUUGCUUGUGAGUGAGAUGAAGAGCAAAAUGCCCAAGACUGCUACUUCCCACACAGAAGAUGAGCUUGCACGCGCCAAAGCUAAGUUGGCGCAAGCGGGACUUACGCUGACUCCGCAAAAGAGGAAAGCUGAAGAGGUUGAUGCUUCUGCAGACGCAGCUGGAUCCAGUCCGAGUACUAGGGUGAUGAAAGCUGAUGCGUCUGAUGCUUCUCGGAAGAAGUGUAAGACAGCAGAUGGCUCUUCGGCUGCUGAGGAAGUACGCUCCCUUCUCAAAGGUAAGCCGAAGGUUUCCCUCAAAGACUGCCGCCCGUCUGCCGUCACCAACGAGAGUGUAGACAAAUGGCUUACGUCUCUCAAGCCUCAGUACAAGGGCAAGUACCGCAAGCUUACCAAGCAUGUCAAGCAUGUGGUUGAGAUCUUGACUGAGCGUUCUGACAAGAAUGAGAUACGUGCAGCAGCCGUUGUGUUUGGUCUUAAUCCGAACUUUGCUGCCCGCAUGAACAUUACUAAUCUCAGCAAGUGCAUCGCUGUUGCCAAGUUCCAAGCUGCGUGA